AUGGAAAGGAAGGCCUUUUUGGACCAAGAAGCCCCUGCUGGGUAUGUUGCCGGAAUAGGAAGAGGUGCUACAGGGUUUACAACAUCCGCAGAUGUGGGAAGUGCUUCUCGAAUUGUUCCUGGAGAAGAUGAAGACAUCGAUGAGAACAACUCUGAAUAUGAUGGUGGAGAGUUGGGAAUCUUAGGGAAAUCAAAAGGAAACUCUAAUGAAGAAGACGAAGAAGCUGAUAGAAUUUAUGAAGAGGUUGAUCGUAAACUUGAAAGCAGAAGAAAAGCCAAUUCCGUAUUGGUGAAGGAGGACAGUAUAAAGGAGCCUUCGAUUGGAGACCAAUUUGCAGAUCUUAAAAGAUCAUUAUCAACUGUAGAAGCUUGGCAAUGGGAAAGCAUACCAGAAGUAGGGGACUUGACAAAACGUAACAAAAGGGCUCGUCUUCUUGAGCGUCUGCAACAACGGUUUUAUGCUGUUCCAGAUAGUAUACUUGGUGGAGGAGGUAACAUGAUGUUAACAUCUGCUCCCAUUGAUGCUGAAUCAGCAACUAAUAUCCAAUCGAUUUCACAAGCAAAGGAGAAAUUAUUGAGUCAACAAUUGGAUUCCGUUCUAGAUAAUUCCGGAUAUUCAGGUACCAACUCCAUUGAUACGGAUGACAACUUAGUACAACCUAUUACCGAUGCAGAAAUUGAUGAUAUUAAAAGGGGUAGACUGAUUCUUGCCUCGUUACGGAAAACCGAACCUUUGAAGCCUAAUUCAUGGAUAGCAUCAGCAAGACUUGAGGAACAAGCAAAAAAGUUUACCACUGCCAAAAACCUUAUAAUAGAAGGAUGUCAUAAAAUACCAAGAAAUGAAGACAUAUGGCUUGAAAGUAUUAGAAUACAUCAAAAUAGUGCAGAGGGAACUCGAAUGUGUAAGAUGAUUUGUGGAGAAGGAUUAAAGUAUAAUCGAAAUUCUGAAAAACUUUGGCUUAAGGCCAAAUCAUUGGAACAUCCGCUGGAUAUCUUAUCACAACGGAAAGUGUUAAUGAAGGCACUUGAGGCAAUUCCUAAUAGUGUAACUAUAUGGAAAGCUCUCAUCGAACUUGAAAAGGAUGAAGAGGACGCCAAGAAAUUAUUGAGUAAAGCUGUAGAGUUAUGUCCUAAGGAAUGGGAUUUCUGGGUUCCAUUAAUAAAUCUUUCACCUUAUACAGAAGCUAAACUGCUUAUUAAUAAGGCAAGAAAGGAAAUGAAUGAUAACUAUAAGAUUUGGCUUACUGCCGUUAAACUUGAAGAACGUGAAAAUGUUGGUAUAUCCGAGGCUAAAUUAUUAAAAUUCAUGCAAAAGGCAGUUAAGGAACUCAAGAAGAAUACAACUGAUGAACUGAAGCUUUUGAAUCGACAACAAUGGCUUUCAGAAGCCGCAAUCGCCGAGACAGAAGAGUUCCCUCAUACUUGCAAGUCUAUUGUAUCAGUAGCUUUAGAUGAAGAUGAUGUAAAUAGUGAACAAACUCUCCAAAAAUGGUUAGAAGAAGCUGAGAAAUACGCCCAAUCAUCUCAUACAAAGACUGCGGACUAUAUUUAUCAGUAUAUUAUUUCCAAAUUCCCACAAAAUAUGGAUGGUUGGCUCAAGUUAUUCCAAUCAUUAAAGUCUUCAAAAGAAUUCUCACAGCUAUUCAAAUAUUAUGAACGUGCUAUUGAACUUAAUCCUGAGAAUGAAUUAUACUAUCUUAUGUAUGCUAAGGAUUUGUGGAAGUUGGAAGAUGAUACUCAAUCCGCUAGAGACAUAUUAACAAGGGCUCAUGCGAAGUUCCCACAGAAUGAGCAAGUUUGGCUUGCAAGAAUUAAAUUAGAGGUCCAAACAGGACAAGUCAAUUCUGCAGCAAUAAUUUCUAAUGAUAUGAUCAAAAAUAUACCUGGAGAAUCUCCUCGAGUUUGGUACAAGCAUAUCCAUUUAGAAAGAUAUUUAUCAGAACUGAAAAAUUUUGAAGUGCAAAGAACUAUUGAACUUUGUGACGAAGCAUUAGAAUUGUUUCCUGAUUGUGAAAAAUUACAUUUACAAAAGGGCCAAGUUCUUUUAUAUGACCAGAAAAAUCCUAAAUUGGCUCGUGAGUCUUUAUCUAUUGGAGUUCGUAAAUGCCCUCAUUCAACUGCCUUAUGGUGCUUACUAGCAGAAGUUGAUGAAAUACAUUUGAAGGUACAAAUAAGAGCCCGUGCCACUCUAGAUAAUGCAAUCGUUCAGAAUCCUACUGAUGCAAGUCUUUGGGCAUAUAAAAUUCGAUUUGAGAAACGUCAAUUGGACAUGGCAUCUGCAAGACAAAUCUGCAAUAAGGCUCUAAAACAAUUCCCCGAUUCUCCAGAUAUUUGGGUAGAAAAUUUGUAUCUUCUUUCUAAAAUGUCACAGAGGAAAAAUGCAUUUGUGGAUGCUCUUAAAAGUACCAAUAAUUCCCCAAUAAUAUUAAUGAAUAUUGGAAUAUUUUUCUGGAUGGAUGGUAAGUUUCUCAAGGCCAAAACUUGGCUUGAUAGAGCUUUACAAGGAAACAAACAUAUUGGUGACUGCUGGGGUUGGUGCUAUAAUUUUGCCCUAAAGCAUGGAACCGCCCAAGAUAAAGAAAAACUUGUUCAAGAUUACAUGAAAUGGUAUGAGGAUAUAAACCAAGGAACGGUGUGGAAUAGAGAAACUAAAAAGGUUCAAUAUUAUUUAUCAAGUCCAGAAAUGAUAUUGGAGAAAGUGGCAGAGGUGUUAUCAUUAACUUCUGAUAAUGUUUCUUUUUAA